GUUAACAAAAAAUAUUCAAAAAAGUUCUAAAAAAAUAAAAUUAUAAGAAACAACAAAUAAAUAAAAAUGCAAUUUUAAUUCAGAAAAAUAUAAAAAAAAAACAACAUAUAACCACUUUUGUGAUUACCAUUAACAGUUUAUGCGAAAUUUUUGGAAAAUGUUUUAAAAAUCUAUUGUUAGCAAAAAAAAUAUUACUUUAAUGUUUAUCAAAAGUAUGGAUACUACCCUAUCGUCAUCAUUGAAUGGUGGUGAUUUAGAUUCAACAAGUUCCGGCGGUGCUUCUUCAGAUAAUUCUACACUUAAUCAGGAUAAUAUGCAUUCUCCCAUAUCAUAUGGUGCUCUCUUCUUACCAAAUUCAGGUUAUCGCGGCAAUAUAUCCUGCAAGACUGUCUUACAUUUAGAUAAAUUCUCUCCCUAUGCCAACGACAAAGAAUUGGAUCGGCGAUUUCAUGAUAUAACCAGCGACUACGAUAAAUCUCCACCGCCGACGGCAACUACUUCACCCGUAUAUCCUUCGCUAAACGGCAUGAUUUUUGACAGUGGUGUUGGCGGCGGUGUGGUGAGUGGUGGUGGCUUGCAUAAUGAUCUCAGUGGCAACACCAAACCUUUGCCUUUGAGUAGUAGUAGCAUGAAUAUUGGUGCCCAGAUGAACAUGUCCAACAACACACCCACCACACAGACAGAUGCUUUAAGUAGCUUAAAUCGAACAACGGCGGGCCUGAAUGUCACCGGGGGCCUGCUGUCGAAUAUCACGGGUUCACACAACAGUGCAAGCAACAUACAAAUGGAUAGAAAGUUUUUGCAAUUCACCACGGAUCAGAUUCAAUGUAUGUGUGAGGCCCUGCAGCAAAAAGGCGAUAUAGAUAAACUCACCACCUUCUUGUGCAAUCUACCCACCUCGGAGCUUUUCAAAAACAAUGAAAGCAUUUUGCGAGCACGCGCCAUUGUCGCCUAUCAUCGUUUUCAAUUUCAUGAGCUCUAUAAUUUAUUGGAGUCACACUGUUUCUCCAUCAAAUAUCAUGCUGAUCUACAAGCUCUGUGGUUUAAAGCCCAUUACAAGGAGGCGGAAAAAGUGCGUGGUCGCCCCCUGGGUGCUGUCGAUAAAUAUCGCCUGCGUAAAAAAUAUCCCCUGCCCAAGACAAUAUGGGAUGGUGAGGAGACGGUUUAUUGUUUCAAGGAGAAAAGUCGCAAUGCCCUUAAAGAUUGUUAUCUGACCAAUCGUUACCCCACACCGGAUGAGAAAAAGACUUUGGCCAAGAAGACCGGCCUAACACUGACACAGGUAUCGAAUUGGUUUAAGAAUCGCCGGCAAAGGGAUCGAACGCCGCAACAAAGAUCUGACAUUAUGUCUGUUUUACCCGUCAAUCAUCAGCUGGAUCCCAAUGGUUUUCCCCGAAUGUUUAAUGCUCCAAGCUAUUAUCCUGACACCAUAUUCAAUGGGCAAUAACAUUAGAUAACCAAAUCUGUGGAUAUAGGGUUAUAAACCUUAAAGGCUAUGGUAGAUGCAGCAAAAUGUUUCAAGUAUCUAAAGAAUCCAAAAUUUUGAUUGCCGUUCGAUAUAUUUACCUACAAGGUUUGCUGGAAAAUUUGUAAGAAAUUUGAAACGUUGUGCAUUUAUACUUACUCAUAUCAAGAUUCAACAAAUUUCGCAAAAGAAACAUGGAACUUGUCAUUAAAAUGCACUGAAUGCAAAAUUUCGAAAUAUUGAUCAUCAAAACUUGAGUUAUCGGUCCUAAUCGUUUAUUAUCGAGGGUAAUGCUAGCAAUCUUCUUGCUACAUAGCUAACUAAAACAACUUAUUUGUUAUAUAUUGGGUUGCCCAAAAAGUAAUUGCGGAUUUUUCAUAUAGUCGGCGGUGACAAAUUUUUUCAC